GGAGGGAGUUGGGGUGCUCGCCCUCCGAGUAAGAUCGUACGACGUCUUCGCUACCCCGGGGAUGCAUCGAUCCCAAUGGUAAUCAGGAUGGCCAAUCCGGCGGCCUACUCGUUGUCUGAAGGGGACGAGUCCCGGGCUGGAAAUUUUAAUACCCUGCGUAAAAGAUCCUGUAUGUGGUACUUGAAACUAAUAUUAUCGUUUGCGGGCAACGACGAGACAUUACCGUUCACAAAGUAGCGGUAGAGAAAUUGCUGAUUUCUUGUACAGUUAGCACCAUCACGGAGUGUUUCCACACGGAAGUGGCUUGGAGGUAUAUUGCUUUCUAUACAUACAUGCCGCCUGCGACGAAGGGUGCAGAGAUUGGGAAACCAGGCUCCCCGCAGGAAUUUAACCGGCACAAUAGGAGUUGCGCGGCAUUACCGACAGUCGUUGGAGGAGCGGCAGCAGCAGGUAGCUCGAAUAUGGGGCGAUCACAGUGCAGCAAAGGAGAGGGAGGCAUUUACAAGGGGCCGUGGACUGAGGCUGAAGACACUACUCUGUCUGCCUACAUCAAGGCUCACGGGGAAGGAAACUGGCGCUUGUUGCCUAAAUGCGCAGGACUGUCGAGAUGCGGGAAGAGCUGUAGGUUGCGGUGGUUGAACUACCUGCGUCCUGGCCUGAAGAAAGGAAAAUUCUCCUGGGACGAGGAGGAUCUCAUCGUUACGUUGCAUGCUCUUCUCGGCAACAGGUGGUCAUUGAUUGCCGGGCGCAUCCCAGGCCGAACAGACAACGAGAUAAAAAAUUACUGGAACACGCACUUGAGUCGCAAACUUCGAAACAAGGGCAUUGACCCAUGUGACCACAAAGUUGGUCAGCUCACGCUCAACUCCAAGUAUACCGUAGACAGAUCGAACUCAGAGCUCUACGCUGGCGAGUUCAUUCACCAACAGCCGACUACAUCAGCAGAAAAAUGCACCACGACUUCGUCACCCGCCUAUUCCAAACACCACUCCCCUGCAGAUGACUAUGAGCACUUGGCGCUUCCUCCGGUCAAAAGAAUUCCACCAGUUCAAGGGAAAACUAUAUCAAGUCCCAACUUAUCAUACCCGACGUACAGCAUUUCAGACGGCUCGAACUCUAGUGGCGAAGAUGAAUAUCUCUGCCCAUAUGGUCAACUCUGUUGCAUGGAUUGGAUAAGCGCCUCCGACAACCACGUCCUCGAAUGUCCACCGGAUCGUAGUCAUCAUUACUCAGUGGAGCAGCAGAAUCCCGUUUUUAACGCCGACAUGUCUACCCUCUCUAUCAGUGACUUCGACUGCUUGGAUUUCGACAUCAAGGAGUUUCAGGACGAUGCAGCGAACUCAGAUCUCUAGGAAUUUCUAAACAUUUCGCAGCACGAAUGUCAUCGACCGAGUGACGAGCAAGUUACCUGGUGGACGUCUCUAUCAACUUGAGUCGUCCCAGCUGCAUCGAUCGAUUGGUCUCUGGAGAGCACAUCUAAACCACGUUUUUAGCUAAAUGACAAAGACAGGAGAAAUAGCAACGACGUUGUGAAGCACAUUUAUGUGCACAAGACUCUUCAGCUCCCUGCAAACAAAGCCAUGGCCUGCCUGUUUGAACGACCUGAUAGACUUCACCCACGUUUUCAAUAGUUAUACUACAAAUUUCUCAAGAUCAUGGCUGUUGAUAUACUUGAAAAGGUACUAUUUCAUGAACGAAUCUUUUUAUAGUAUAUUAAUAGCCUGGAAAAAUGAGACAGUUUUCUUAAAAACUAUUAAGAUAUUCAAUUUAUUUGCAAUUUCUAUUUGAAUGAGAUUCAAAGGCACUAUAUAAUAUCUAUACCUGGCCAAUAUCUUUAUUAUUUUAACUAAAGCUUGUGUGAUUAUUUUUA